GUUUUGAUUUAUCAACACAACAAUUAAAAUUCACAGCAAUCAAUGAAAUCGGCAAAGUGGUAUUUGAAGAAUUAGUUAAUUUUGAUAAAGAAUUACCAAGUUAUGGAACAAAAAAUGGUGUAAUAUCAAAUGAGAAUGUUGUUAUUUGCCCUACAUUAAUGUGGGUUGAAUCAAUUGAUUUAUUGUUGAAUAAACUAUCUGAAAAAAAAUUUCCAUUUCAUCAAAUAAAAGCAAUGUCUGGAGCUGCUCAACAACAUGGAAGUGUUUAUUGGUCAGAAAAUUCUUUGGGAAUUUUAGAAAAUUUGAAUCCAACUGAAAGUUUGGUUUCACAAUUUAUAAAUGCCUUUUCUAUACCAGAUUCACCAACUUGGCAAGAUUCAAGUACCACAGAACAAUGUAAGAAUUUAGAAAAAUUAAUUGGUGGUAAAGAAAUUUUGGUGAAUUUAUCAGGAUCAAUAGCUUAUGAAAGAUUCACAGGAAAUCAAAUGACCAAA